AUGUCUGUGACCAUGAACGAACGCGACAUCUGCCAGCUGUUCGAGCGGCUGCAGACGUGCGUGGACCAGAUGCGUGUGAUGCAGAACCUGCAGGAGAAGGAGCAUCACAACUUGUACCGCAGCAUCCUGAAACUCGACAAGCAGGUGAGCUACCUGGUGGCCAAGAAAGGCACGGCGCCAGGCAAGCGGCGCGGUGGGGACGUGAAGAAGCCGCGCCACGUCACGGCCGGCGACGAGGUCGAGGACGAAAAGCGACCCAGCACCGGCGAAGAGCUGUCGUCCAACGAGACGGACAGCAGCCACGCCGAGCCGGGCGAGCACUCGCCGCGGCCCAAGAAGAACCGCCGCUCUGAGCGGCGCUCGCGGCGCCACCGGCGCGCCAAGCGGGCCAGCGAGGGCCGCGCGCCGCCGGCCGAGCUACAGCUGAAGCCGGACCUGAUGACCGGCAUCCAGGCGAGUCCGUCUGGCGCCAGCGAGCCGACGCCGUUCCAGCAGGCGGUGCUGCCGGCUCUGCUGCAGGAACACGACGUGGUGGUGCAGGUGAACCCGCAGCAGCGCGCCUGCCAGGCGCUGGUGCUCACCUCGUCCCGCGAGGCGGCCAAGCAGAUGCAUCGCGAGCUGGUGGGCCUGGCGACGUUCAUCCGGCCGCGACUGACCUGCCACCUGUCGAUCGGCGGCACAAGCAUCCGCGACGACCUGCGCGACAUGAGUGCCGGCUGCCACCUGGUGGUGGGCACGCUGGGGCGCGCCUUCGACAUGCUACGUCGAGGUGCCCUGAAGGCGGCCGACCUGCGCAUCAUCGUGCUCGACGACGUCGACACGAUGAUGACGCGCCGUUUCGACAAGGAUCACAUCUACGCGGUGCUGGGCGACGUCACGUCGGACGUGCAGGAACAGAUGCAGGUGAUGCUGUUUCUGUCGAUGAUGCACGAGGACAUCCCAAAGGCCAUCACGCUGUUCGCCAAGCCGCCCGUGUGCCAGGUGCUAGUGGAGGCGCCGGGUGGCAACGAGUCGUCCCAGAAGACCGCUGGGGAGGCCGGCGAGGACGCCGCAGACCAGCUGCUGGAGGACGCCGUGCUGAAACUGGCUGAGAAGCUGGGCGGCAUCGCCCUGCCGGAGAUGGUGCUGCCUCAGCCGUCUCUGCCGGAGGCCAUGGCCCAGGGUGUCGUGGAGGGCUGA